UCCUGUUUGUACGUGUUGCACAAGUAAAAGUAAACCCACAAACGCCCCUCAGCGGCGUGUAUCUUCAACCGCGACCGUCCUGAAUCAGCGGUGCCCGCCACCGACCGAUAUGAGUAUACGAGGACAAUGACAACUUAAUCAGACCUGAGAUCAGCGUCUUACGCCGUUUGAAGGGAGUACCAAAAACCACCUGCGGAGCAGCAGCCAGCGGCUCGGAUCCCCCUCUCUCUCCGCGGGACGUGAGCGUCUCCACGAUAACGGAUGACUGCUGUGACUUUGAGGACCCGACCGAGACGGACCGGCUGCUGCGUCGUUUGAGAGAACCCGUGUCUGCUGUCUGAGUCUCCGCAGUUUUGGGCGUGUCGGUGCGCAGGAAGGCGUUGAGUGUCGCUGGCUGUGGCCCCAGGGCCAAAUAUGUGAAGCAUCUUAUCGUGGCUGCAUUCUCUGACAAGCCGCAGCUCAUCAGUCACACACAGCGCGCCUCUUGGGGAAGAAGCUCCUGUAAUGGACACACCCACUCAGCGGGCCGUCGUGAACUGCUGGGCAAAAAUCAGACAACUGCUGUAAUUAACGCCCUCCUCGGCUUCGUUUCUAUGGUCUGUGCCAUCCAUCUCGCCAUGGACGGCCCACUGAGCGGGGCCAGUAAAGGGGCCCGCGCCCUUCACUCUGAACAGACCUCAACACGUCAUAGAUGCCGCUCGCUGUCUUUGCCCCUGUAUGAGUAACUGUUGGGGAAACAAUAAAGCUUAAAUUCCUCUUCGUUUGAACAAAAGAGCCAUGCAUCUGCUGCUGCCCCUCUGUGUCCUGUGGCUGCUGCCCCUGGCUUGGACGCUGGAGGAAGACUCACCACUGGACUGUGUCCCCCGUAGAUCUUUUCCCUACCAUCGGGACAACGCACACCUGUUUCACGAGGAGGGAGUGUUCAACUACUCCACCAUGCUGUUGAGAGAAGAUCUGGACCUGCUAUUGCUGGGUGCCAGGGAGGCAGUGUAUGCUCUUGACCUCAAGGACAUCUCCAAGAAACUUGCUUCAGUGAAAUGGGAAGUGACCCAACAGCAAAAAAAUGAGUGUAAAAACAAAGGAAAAGAUCUUGAGACUGAGUGCAAGAACUAUAUCAGGAUCCUGCAUCAGACGGAGGAUAAUAGGAUGUAUGUGUGUGGAACCAAUGCUUUUGAUCCUGAGUGUGAUUACAUGUCUUACGCAAAUGGGAAGCUGACUCUUGAGAAGAAAGGAGAGGAUGGCAAAGGGAAGUGUCCUUUUGAUCCUUUCCAUAGAUAUGCCUCCAUCAUGGUUGAAAACAACCUCUACACGGCCACUUCAAUUAACUUUCUGGGCUCUGAACCCGUCCUGAUGCGCAGCUCUCCCAUCUCCAUACGCACUGAGUUCAAGAGCUCCUGGCUUAAUGAGCCCAACUUUGUGUCCAUGACUCAGAUGCCAGAGGGUUAUAUGAGCGAGGAGGGAGAUGAUGACAAGGUUUACCUGUUCUUCAGUGAGACCGCUGUGGAGUGCGACUGCUACAACAAAAUGGUGGUUUCCCGCGUGGCUCGUGUCUGCAAGGGGGAUCUUGGAGGUCAGAGGACCUUGCAGAAGAAAUGGACAUCCUUCCUGAAGGCCAGAAUGGACUGUCCAGUGCUGGAGUCUCAGCUGCCGUACAUUAUCCAGGACACUUACCGCUUCUGUGACCCACAGCAGGACUGGAGGGACUGUUUGUUCUACGCCAUCUUCACACCACAGUCGGACAAAUCAGACCUGUCUGCAGUGUGUGCGUACCGCGUGUCUGACAUCAGCAGAGUGUUUGCGGAGGGGAAGUACAAAACCCCAGUCCCCGUAGAAACCUCUUUUGUUAAGUGGGUGAUGUACAGCGGAGAUGUCCCAGUCCCUCGGCCCGGAGCUUGUAUAGACAAUGCGGCUCGUAAAGCGAACAUAACUAAGACCCUGGACCUCCCAGACCGGACCCUUCAAUUUAUCAAAGAUAGGCCCCUCAUGGACCAAGCUAUCCAGCCAAUAGGAAACAAGCCUCUUCUGGUGCGAAGGGGAGCUAGGUUCACACGCAUCAUAGUCAACCAAGUGCAGGCAGCCGAUGGAGAGAAGUACCGUGUGAUGUUCAUAGGCACAGAGGAAGGCACAAUGCUGAAAGCGGUGAACUACGAUGGAGAGAUGUUCAUCAUAGAGGAAGUGCACCUCUUCCAGACCCCAGAGCCAAUCAAGAUUUUGACAUUUUCUAAUCUCACGGGUCAGAUCUAUGCAGGCUCAGACUACGGAGCAGCACAGAUACCACUGGCCACCUGUGGGAGGUCCUUAUCCUGCAUGGACUGUGUUUUAGCCAGAGACCCGUACUGCGGCUGGGACAAAGAUGUUAGGAAAUGUGUUUUCCUGUCUAAUUCACCAAGAGGACUCAUCCAAAGUGUAAAGAAGGGAGAUGCCUCUCUCUGCCCAGAAGCUGAUCCUGUGAAGCCUAUGAAUCGGUCCAUCUGGCCAAGAGGAAACCUGAAGCUCCGUUGCCCAUCGCCUUCCAACCUGUCAAAAACCAGUUGGGAGAGGGAUGGCAGCCCUGUGAUGGCGUCUACUCGCCUUCAGCUUCUGCAGGACGGACUGUUGAUCCUCAACGCCACAGACUCCGACACCGGUCGGUACCGCUGCCUGUCUGUCGAGCUCUCCAAAGCUGGCAGGUAUACAGCUACGGUGGCUGAUUACCAGGUUAGCGUGGCUCCAGCAGGAUCUGGCGAUGGGAGUGGGAUUUUACCCAAGGCUCGGAUGGAUGGUCCCUCUGUGGCUGGACUGCAGGCCAUAGUCGGGCUCCUUGUAGUUUCUCUUCUUGGCCUUUUGGCGUGGAACUUUUACAAAGGCCACCUUCCGCUGCCCUGGAACUGCACAAAGAAGAAGAAUGAAGAGCAAACCCAGGAGACUCGUGAGCAGGGGGGUCUGGACGCCUACCAGGAUGCAGCGAGGUCUGCACCGGCAGAGGACAAGCCCCUGGUGUCCGGAGCAAACAACGGCCGUAGUAACAACCACACGGGGAGGGAGGAGAGUGACGGCCCAAAGGUUUCUCUUCCAUCUCUCCAGUAUAUUGAUGACGAGUCAGAGGUUUGAAAAUGUCAAUUUGAGUAUUCAGUUUGAGAAAUGAACAGUGAUGACCCAAACUAUAUGUUUCUGGGCAGAACUAUUGGAUUCAUCAGUUCAGCUGAAAUCUCCAUGAGAGUAUAAAACAUUCUGAGUGGCUGAAGCCACCAAAAGAUUCUAUAAUAGGAUUUUUGUUUAAUUAUAAAGACACUUUUACUGUGCCUUUUACUUUUUGAUGUUUUACAAUUGUGCAUACAUUUAGUGUUUUAGCUUCCUACUAAUUGUUAAAUCCCAUUGAUUUGAAAUAUUUAGAUAUAUCUAAAUAUUGGUAUGAUUUUCACAGGGAAAUGUAAAAUAACUGAAAUUGAGCCAUUUCAUUUCUAACCGCUAUCUGUCUAGAUUGUUUUAUUGUAUUAAACAUGUUCUACCUGGUC